AUGGACGCGACUGGCGCGUUAAGUGGUUACCCUUUUGGGACGACGUGUUUUAACCUCAGCCACAUGCAGUUCCCCAAAUCCACCUUGCCCGCUCGUUCGCCCACCAAAUUUAUCGUUCCCCCAGGCUGGAUGGCACGUCCCGGGAGCCCCGAUUUUGAACACGAGUGGGAUGGUGUCGAUUCAGCGGGUCAAAAGAUUGCUCGAAGCUAUGGUCUUGCCCCAGGUCGACCAAUAUUAGAGGAUAAUGAUGCCUCUAGAAUGAUUUUCCAAUCUGGCGAUAAACUCUAUAUCUGGGAUGUGCUUUAUUACGAUGUGUAUGAAAUAGCAUCUCAGGAUAUUAAGGAAGUCGCUCGUGUUCUAUCUCAGGAAGGAGGUUAUAAGAUGCUACAUAGACGGGCUCCUCGAUCCAGUUGA